GAUUUGUUUCAUAGAAUUUCUACAAGUUAAAGCUAAAUCUUCAUUUGAAGUGACCAAAAUGCACAAUUUUAAACUGAUAUUCGCUGUUGUGUUGUUUGUUGGUGGAGUAUUCGCCGAACGAUGUCAAGUGAAUGUUAUACCUGCUCGAGCAUGUGGAGAAUGUGAUUCAUCUUCAUUUGCAUAUGAGGAAAGACCUUCUAAAACAACUGUUGCGACAACUAAUGGCAGAGUGUUAACUCCAGUGGUUGCUAUGCCUCCCGAAUUAAUUGUUGUUAAAGAGCCAGCAACACCAAAAUUCACCUGUGACGGAAAAACCAACUACGAAAUAACAAAACCAACACCGAACGAACAGCUCCAAAUCGACGAACUCAUUUACCAGGCCAACUUUGGAUCGACCAUCUUGAAUUUCUUCUCGAAUGCAAUCGGUGCUGUUACAGGCAUCGUACGCGGAAUAUUUGCUAAGCCAGUGGCGAAAACAUUGCUUACUUUCCACCGUUACUUGCUGAAUGUUGAGGUGAAUGGCAGUGAUGCAAACUUUCGCAUCCAAAGUGCCACUAAGACGUACAGUCAUGUGGUCGUCGGGGUUGGCAAAGUUGUUACUACAACGGAAAUACGUGAAGCGUUCAUCAAAAGUUGUAACUGUGGUCAAACGGUUUAUUUGAAUUGAACUGAUUUCGGGAUAAAUGAUAUGGGUGUUUUAAUAGAUGUACAACCUUUUCAAACUGUCUAACAUUAUGGGUUACGAGAUAAAAUCUAAAUAAAUCUUCCAAAUAUCGCAAAACGUUGACA